AUGCUCCUCGGGGGCGGGGCCACCAUCUUUAUAGUCUGCUCUUUCCUUUACAGUAAGAACAGAUACUCGGUGGCCUAUGCUGGACAGAAGCCGUGGCUGCUCAACGCCACCGUGGAGGAGAACAUCACCUUUGGGAGCCCAUUCUUCAAGCAGAGAUAUAAAGCGGUGACGGACGCCUGCUCCCUACAGCCUGACAUCGACCUUCUGCCAUUCGGGGAUCAAACAGAGAUAGGAGAAAGGGGCAUCAAUCUAAGUGGCGGACAGCGGCAGAGGAUCUGCGUGGCGCGGGCGCUGUACCAGAACACCAGCAUCGUAUUCCUGGAUGACCCCUUCUCGGCUCUGGACAUCCAUCUCAGCGAUCACCUGAUGCAGGAGGGGAUCCUGAAGUUCCUGCAGGAGGACAAGAGGACGGUGGUCCUGGUGACCCACAAGCUGCAGUACCUGACGCACGCUGACUGGAUCAUCGCUAUGAAGGACGGCUCCAUCCUCAGGGAAGGGACCUUGAAGGAUAUUCAGAAUAAUGACAAUGAGCUGUACGAGCACUGGAAGACGCUGAUGAACCGCCAGGACCAGGAGCUGGAGAAGGACACAGAAGCCGAUCAGGCCACAUUGGAGCGGAAGACCCUCAGACGGGCCAUGUACUCCAGGGAGGCCAAAGUGCAUCAGACUGAGGAUGAGGAUGAAGAGGAGGAAGAAGAGGAGGAGGAUGAAGAAGACAACAUGUUCACCACCUCUAGGCCGCGGACCAAGAUGCCCUGGAGGACCUUCUGGAGAUACCUGACCUCGGGCGGGUACUUCCUGCUCCUCCUGAUGGUUUUUUCCAAGCUCCUGAAGCAUUCGGUGAUCGUGGCCAUCGACUACUGGCUGGUGCGCUGGACGUCCGGAUCGCAGAACGUCACCACGGGCUCCUAUAACCUGACGGACGUGAGGAAUCGGGACGACCAGACCUAUUAUGUGGUGGGAUUCAGCAUCCUCAGCGCCUCCGGCAUCAUCCUGUGCCUCAUCACCUCCCUCACUGUGGAGUGGUUGGGCCUCACCGCUGCCAGGAACCUGCAUGACAACCUGCUGAAAAAGAUCAUCCUGGCGCCUAUCAGGUUCUUUGACACAACACCGCUCGGCUUAAUCCUAAAUCGUUUCUCGGCUGACACCAACAUCAUUGAUCAGCACAUCCCCCCCACCUUGGAGUCCCUCACCCGCUCCACCCUCCUUUGCCUCUCAGCUAUCGGGGUCAUCGCCUAUGCCAACCCCUACUUCCUGAUCGCACUCGCCCCACUCUUCGUCGUCUUCUACUUCAUCCAGGAAUAUUUCCGAGUGGCCUCCAAGGAUCUCCAGGAGUUGGAUGAUAACACUCAGCUGCCGCUGCUCUGCCACUUCUCCGAGACGGCUGAAGGUCUGACCACCAUCCGCGCCUUCAGACAUGAAUCCAGAUUCAAGCAGCGGAUGCUGGAGCUGACAGACACCAACAACCUGGCCUAUCUGUUCCUGUCCGCGGCCAAUCGCUGGCUGGAGGUCAGAACGGAUUACCUGGGCGCCUGCAUCGUACUGACCGCGGCCAUCACCUCCAUCAACUCCAUCACCUCCGGACUCACCUCUGGGAUCGUUGGUUUAGGCCUCACCUACGCCCUGACGGUCACUAAUUACCUGAACUGGGUGGUGCGGAAUCUCGCGGACCUUGAGGUCCAGAUCGGAGCCAUGAAGAAGGUGAACAGUUUCCUGAACAUCGAGUCUGAGUGUUACGAGGGGACGCUGGAUUCGCAGCAGGUGCCUGACGAUUGGCCUAAAAACGGCGAGAUCAAGAUCAGCGACCUGUGCGUGCGAUAUGAGAGCAACCUGAAGCCAGUGCUGAAACACGUGAAGGCGUACAUAAAGCCGGGUCAGAAGGUUGGGAUCUGCGGUCGCACGGGCAGCGGUAAAUCCUCUCUGUCGCUUGCGUUCUUCAGGAUGGUCGAUAUAUUUGACGGAAAAAUCAUCAUUGAUGGAAUUGACAUCUGCAAACUCCCCCUGCACACGCUGCGCUCCCGGCUGUCAAUCAUCCUCCAGGACCCCAUACUGUUCAGCGGCUCCAUACGGUUAAACUUGGAUCCCGAAUGUAAAUGCACAGAUGAUCGGCUCUGGGAAGCCCUGGAGAUCGCGCAGCUCAAGAACCUGGUGAAGUCUCUGCCAGGAGGGCUAGACGCCAUGGUCACAGAAGGUGGAGAGAAUUUCAGCGUUGGGCAGAGGCAGCUGUUCUGCUUGGCGCGAGCCUUCGUCCGGAAGAGCAGCAUCCUGAUAAUGGACGAGGCCACCGCCUCCAUCGAUAUGGCCACCGAGAAUAUUCUGCAGAAGGUGGUAAUGACGGCGUUUGCGGACCGCACAGUGGUCACGAUUGCACACCGUGUACACACCAUCCUCACUGCAGACCUGGUCAUCGUGAUGCGCAGAGGGAACAUUCUGGAAUAUGACACCCCAGAAAGUCUCCUGGCGCAGGAGGACGGGCUCUUCGCCUCCUUUGUCCGAGCCGACAUGUGACGCCAUAUUUUUGUAGCUUUUUAUAUGAAGUGUUUAUAUUUUCUAUUUAUGAAACGCACGAAAAGAAGAAAUGAGAAUUUAUACGUCUCAGGCAUUUCUACCGCACUAACAAUAAAGGGUUUGCUC